AUGACCAUCCGUCGCAGGAUAGCCAGCAUGUGCGCUCCACACCCUGAUGCAAUCUCUCUGUUCUUUGUAAGAAAAUGGAUUCUUUUCUAUCAAGCUGCUAACCACCAUUAUCUGUAUGGAUUUGGGUUCAGAUUCAAUAAGACGUUUGAUUUUUCUUUUCAAGCUUUCAACCUGAUCGAAGGGAUAGAUGUCGAGGCGAUUGAAGCAAAAAUUGCAACAUACCAACAGGAAAAUGCGGAGCAGAUAUACUUGUCCAGAGCUAAAAGGGCGGAAGAUCUUGCAGCAGCACUUAAAGCAAGCAGGAUGAACCCUGUAAAGGCCGAGGCCAAUGAUACGGCUGCUUGGAGUUCUCAGGGUAUUAGUGGUGGGGCAGGAGUUCAGGGCCAGUAUGCACCUGCCGCUGUUCUUGGGGGAGUGGCUCAGCCUCGCCCCACAGGUAUGGCUCCCCAACUAAUGGGCAGUCGGUCAGAUCCUCUUCAAGGAGAUGACAAGGAGACCAGGAGACUACGUGCAGAGCGAGCAGCACGAGCUGGUGGAUGGACUGCUGAAUUGAGUAAGAGAAGAGCACUGGAGGAGGCGUUUAGCGCCAUAUUCAUCUAG